AGAACUCACCCUCUCCCCCUCUCCCCCUCUCCCCUUUGGUCUCUCCCACUAUUCUUUACUACCAAAACCUCCCCUGCAGCCUCUUCUUCAGUGUUAUACUCUAUUCCUUCAACUCUCUCUGUGUCUGUCUGUCUGUAUGUCUGUAGAUGGCGACGAAUUCAGCUGAAGCAGUUCCCGAAACCCUAAAAUACCAGACAUGGAUACUCAAGGUCCCCAUUCACUGUGGAGGCUGCGAGAGGAAAGUCAAGCGCGUCCUUCAGAGCAUCGAUGGUGUAUUCACAACGAACAUUGAUUCUCGACUACAUAAGGUCGUGGUGACGGGUGAUGUGGACUCGGAGACCCUCAUCAAGAAGUUGGUCAAAUCAGGAAAGCAGGCCGAGCUUUGGUCUGAGAAGAAGCACGGCAAGUUGAAGAAGAAAGAUGGAGAUAAUAGUAAGGACUCCAAGGAUGAUAGCCAGGAUCAUGAGGCCGCUACCGACAAAGCUGAAAAGAGCGAAAAGCCGGUUGAGAAUAGAGAUGCCAAUGACACCAAAGAUAGUGAUAACGAGGGGGAAAAUACGUCAUCAGAAACCGAUGAAAAGGCUAACAUGGUUACGACAGUCAUCAACAAUGGUGGUGGAGGCGGUGGAGGGAAGAAAAAGAAGAAGAAGAAAAAGAAGAAGGGGCAGAAUGCAAAUCCUGAGGGUUGCAAAGAUGCUCCCACAGGUUCCCAGCCCCACAAUGCCGGUCCAGAUCCGCUUUCGCUCGCUCCUGCCUCCUUGAACACAAAUCGUCCUGAUCAUAAUAUGGAUGCAUUUCCACAGCCCUUCCCUCAUUAUGCACCAGCGAUGUACGGAGCAAGUUACAGGACAACAAAUCCUAGCAACGGCUUUUCAUACUAUUAUGCCUCUCCCAUGCACUAUUCAUACUUGCACUCCCAUCACAUGGGGCCGUAUCAGCCACACUAUCCGAUCAAAAGUUACCACUAUGGCCACGAUGAACCUUAUUAUGAUGAAGAUGAUGAAGGUGGAUGCUCAAUCACGUGAUACAUAUAUCUCUAUGUACAUGGAUUUGAGAUUUUCAAUGAUUGUUACCUUAUGAGAAAUAAUUAUGUAGCUUUGAAAGAAAAUCAUGUAACUAAAACUAUAUAGGUUGUGGCAUGUCUUAUCUGCGACAGCUAGCUAGUUGAGAAUUAACCUUAAGAGAUGUGUCAUAAUUAUGAUUAGUUAGAGCCUUUUGUGUAUAAGCCUCUUUUUCACUUUAGAUUUUGGUUUGCUUAAUCAGAUCAAUUUCCUUCUAAUGGGUUUUGUUCACCCAAAAAAGAAUUUCCGUUUUCUUUCUUCGUCCAA